CCCCCAAGCCAAAGCUGAAGCAACUCAAGCAAGCAACAAGAGCUUAAUCCACACACAAAUCAACCACUGUCCACUAACCAGCCUCCAAAUCCCACCAAACAGAGCUCGCUCGUAGCUCCCGAGAACCGAACCCUCUGCGACGAGAUGGCUCCCGAGCUGGCCGGCAAGAUGACCGCCAAGGCUGCCGCCGCCCCGGCGGUGAAGCCCACGACGAGGGCGUACGUGACGUUCCUGGCCGGCGACGGCGACUACUGGAAGGGCGUCGUGGGGUUAGCCAAGGGCCUGCGCAAGGUGGGCUCGGCGUACCCGCUGGUGGUGGCCGUGCUGCCCGACGUGCCGGAGUCCCACCGCCGCAUCCUCGUCUCGCAGGGCUGCAUCGUCCGCGAGAUCGAGCCCGUGUACCCGCCCGAGAACCAGACGCAGUUCGCCAUGGCCUACUACGUCAUCAACUACUCCAAGCUCCGCAUCUGGGAGUUCGUGGAGUACGAGAGGAUGGUGUACCUGGACGCGGACAUCCAGGUGUUUGAGAACAUCGACGAGCUGUUCGAGCUUGAGAAGGGCAGCUUCUACGCGGUGAUGGACUGCUUCUGCGAGAAGACGUGGAGCCACACCCCGCAGUACAAGAUCGGCUACUGCCAGCAGUGCCCCGACAGGGUCGCGUGGCCGACCGCCGAGCUCGGCCCUCCGCCGGCGCUCUACUUCAACGCGGGCAUGUUCGUGCACGAGCCCAGCAUGGCCACCGCAAAGGCCCUGCUCGACACCCUCCGCGUGACUCCACCCACCCCCUUCGCAGAGCAGGAUUUCCUGAACAUGUUCUUCAGGGAGCAGUACAAGCCGAUCCCGAACGUGUACAACCUGGUGCUGGCCAUGCUCUGGAGGCACCCCGAGAACGUGCAGCUGGAGAAGGUGAAGGUCGUGCACUACUGCGCGGCGGGGUCGAAGCCGUGGAGGUACACGGGCAAGGAGGCCAACAUGGACAGGGAGGACAUCAAGAUGCUGGUGAAUAAGUGGUGGAACAUCUACAACGACGAGUCCCUGGACUUCAAGGGGCUGCCGGCCCUCCCCGCCGACGCCGACGAGGUGGAGGCCGUGGCCAAGAAGCCGAUCCGCGCGGCGCUGGCGGAGGCCGGCACGAUGAAGUACGUCACCGCGCCCUCGGCCGCGUGAUUCCCGUGGGCCUUGGCUUCCCACCCACCGGUGGGCGGUGGCCGUGCUGUGGCUGGCGCGGUCAUCACUUCAGAACAUUACUAUGAGAUCUUUUAUUUUCCAUUUGUUUUUAAUUAGGGUGCCUAAUUUCCGCUCAGUUCAGUUCGCUGUUGAGUGUGAGCUUACUAUACCAUUCCAAGGUGUAAGUGUUGGUCAGGAUUGAGCUUUGUGAAUACGCCCUUUGGUCACAGCUUAGAGUAUUUGUCCUGUACCGGGGGAUUAUCUGUAUUUUGGUUGGUAAAUUAUGAUAUAUAGUAGCAAGCCGCGAAAUUAUGGGCAAUCUUUUCUGCUCUGUGAUUC